AUGGAAGGAACAUUGAACAAUAUACUUAUGAUCAUUUCUGCUGGAGAAUUCUUACUGGGUAUUUUGGGAAAUGGAUUCAUUGUUCUGGUUAACUGUAUUGAUUGGAUCAGGAGCAGGAAGUUCUCUCUGAUUGACUUUAUUCUCACCUGCUUGGCUACUUCCAGAAUAUUUGUGCUCCUGGCCAUCUCCAGAAUUUCUCUCUUAUGUAUAAUACUAUUGGAUUGUUACAUAAUGGUCCUACACACCAGGCGAAUGCAGCUCCGUGCCCCAGGGAGCAGAGAUGCCAGCACAGAAGCUCAUGUGAGAGCAAUGAAGGCUGUCAUCUCCUUCCUCCUCCUUUUCAUUGCCUACUACUUGGCCUAUCUUGUGGCCACGUCCAGCUACUUUAUGCCAGAGACUGAAUUAGCUGUGAUCGUUGCCACCCUGGCGACCCUUGCCACCUCUUCCACGCUGGGCUCUCUGGCUGCCACAGCCACCCUCGUCAUCCUGGUCACCUUGGCCACUACGGCCACCUUGACCAUCUCUGCAGCAUGA